AUCAUCAUCAUCAUCACCACAUUCUUUCUCUCCAACAUUAAAACUUCAAACCUAUCAGUAAUUCCUCGAAUUUCAGUUUCUUAUUCCGUUUUAAUUUUCAGCAAUUUUGUUUUACAACAAUGGCAGAAGUGUAUUCACCAAUGAUGAGAUACUCAUCAUCAAACCACUUCGACAUUGACAAACUCACAAACGAUAUCUUUUCAAUCCUGGAAAACAAAUUCCUCUUUGAUUCUAAGCAAAGCAACUCAAAAUUACCAGUGGAAGAUUCAGUCGAAACACUGAAAGCGAACAAACACGAUGUGGGGAAAGUUCGUGUACUCUCAAUUGACGGUGUCGGUUCAACAGAUGGAAUCCUCGCUGCAAAAUCACUAUGUAACUUAGAAUCCAAACUCAUGAGCAUAACAAAGAAUUCAGAUGCUCGUGUUGCUGAUUACUUUGAUGUUGCUUCGGGUUCAGGAAUCGGUGGAAUUCUCAUCGCUUUGUUAUUUACCCGUGGCAAAGAUGGAAGACCGUUGCUAAAGGCCACUGAAGCGUUGCAGUUUCUCGUGAAAAACCGUAAACGUUUGAAUAACACUGGCAAUUCUUCCAGUGGGAUGUUCGGAAAGAUGUUUCGGUCAUCGGCGAAGACGGAGAAAAUUUUCCAACAGAUUUUCGGUGAAUGCACUUUGAAAGAUACAUUGAAACCAGUUUUGAUUCCUUGUUUUGAUUUGAAAACUAGAGGAACAUUUUUGUUUUCAAGAGCCGACGGUUUAGAAAACGACAGUUAUGAUUUCAAGAUGAAGGAAAUUUGUGUGGCUACUUCCUCAGAUUUAACGGUUAAUGGUGGUUUUGAGAUGAAAUCAGUUGAUAAGAAAACAAAGAUAUCAGCGAUCGAUGGUGGUUUAGCGAUGAACAAUCCAACGGCUGCAGCUAUUACACAUGUGCUGAACAAUAAACAAGAGUUUCCUUACUGUGAUAGCGUUGAGGAUUUAUUGGUCGUUUCUUUAGGUAACGGCGAGUCUGAUGCCGGAGACCGGAAUCUUACACUUUCGUCUGCCGGGUUUCUCAAAAUUGCCGGAGAAGGAUCUUCAGACACGGUUGAUCAAGCUGUUUCAAUGGCAUUCGGAGAAUACAGAAGGGAGAAUUACGUUCGAAUUCAAGGAAAUAAUGGAAUGACUAAUCCUCAGAGAACCCCUAUCAGGAAGAACCCGAAUACGGUAUCAAUGGAUGGGAGAAAAUUACUGGAAGUUUCAGAGGCAAUUCUUAAACAAAAGAAUGUUGAAUCAGUACUUUUCCGAGGGAAGAAAUUGGUGGAGACAACAAACUUGGAGAAACUAGAUGAAUUUGCUGGAGUUCUAGUCAAAGAACACGAAAGAAGAAAAUCCAGCAUUUUUGCCACGGUCAUGUUUAAACAUGCCUCACCAAGAAGUUCUUCAGCUACUGUCUCCACUGAUUUUUCGUGGUAAAUUUGAAGAAUUAGAAUUAUAUGAUUCCUUAUGGAUCCCAAUUUUUAUGCUCUCCAGUGUUGUGCUUGCCUACUUCUGAGAUAUCUAGUCGGGUCAGAGCUGAGCCACAUGUGUAUAGAUAUACUACUGUGCAAUUUCAGGAUUAUCUGUUGUUUAAUAGGGCACUUUAUUUGAGCUAUUUUACAAGGCUUUAGGCAUUUAAGAGUUCUCAAAUGUAGUUUAGUGUUAGUAAGGAAUGUAAGGAACAUUCUUUUGCCCAAUUGUGUAGAGUUUAGGUGUAUUAUAUCAUCUAUCGGUUGUAAUUUGUCACAAAGUGACUUCAAGUGUUAGUAACGAAAGAGGAGCAUACUAACUGUUACCGCUGCUUCUUCCGCAAA